UUCCCAGUCAUCAAUUGCGAAGCGCUCAUGGAAUUCAGCUACCCCCUCGUUCCCAUCGCGUCCAUCCACAAUGACCAAGUCGUCAACGACGAUCUAAACGAUCUCUGGGAUACCGCGUUGAAGCCAUUCCACCAGUUCGAAGGCAUCGUGGACAACUCCCCCUGUAGCGAGCAAUCCCUCCUUCCGUCGUUCUUUGCCAUAGAAUCCACAGAAUACGAGCAGCCCGCCGCGUCCAGUUUUAAACACGAGGCACUGGACAUGGAGUCGAUGUUGCCAUCUCAACUACCCAACGAUAGCCUCGAGCCCAUGGCGUUCAACCCCCAGAACAUGACCCACGUCCUGAACCACUUUCCCGAACUACACCCCAUGGACGGAUCGUUUCUUCGCAGUGCGUUUGAAAACUUGGACGGACUCCCCAAUACGCACUCGCCGCGGGGGACAACCCCCUCCACGACACACGAUUCCCCCACCGCCGCCACCAUUUACCCGACGGCUCUGUCCGCAAUCUCCCUUGUGGGCCAUCUCUCCCCCCACAUGAAAUCCCAUCACAUGCCGGACUCGCCCCCCACCUCCGCCACUGGGCUUUGCCAAGUUCCCCAAUGCGGGCGCCGCAUCCGUUCUAAAGGGUUUUGCAAAGCGCAUGGCGGGGGACGAAAGUGCACUCUCCCGGGGUGCAACAAGUCUGCUCAAAACGGAGAGUUUUGCAUCGGCCACGGCGGCGGGAAACAGUGCGCGCACUUAGGGUGUCCAAAGGCCGCCCAAUCCCAUGGCUUGUGCAAGGCCCAUGGCGGCGGCGCCCGUUGUAAGCACCAGCAUUGCAUGAAGAGCAGUCAGGGCGGGGGGUACUGUCGCGCGCAUGGCGGAGGCAAGCGAUGCCAAGCGGAACACUGCACUAAAGGGGCCCAACGGGGCAACUUCUGUGCUACACACGGAGGCUUUCGCAACUGCCAAAUCGACGGAUGUGUGCGGACGGAUAGGGGGGGAGGGUACUGCGAAGUCCACCGCCGCGACAAGCUGUGCACGGUCACCGGAUGCAAAAAGCUGUCCAAGACCAACGGCCUAUGCACAGUGCACUUGCGUCGGGUGGACAAGGAGGUCAAGAAACAAGCCAAGAACCACCAAGCCAUUGCAAACGCAGGACAAGCAGCGCAACAAUGCGUCAUGUUGCCGGUGGGGAUGGUAUUUUCAGUUUAGUUCUUAAUAACUGUUGCUUAUAUUAAAGGCCAACAGGUCGACCAUUAUAAUCCCAUCUCGGUGACAUGGCUGGGCGUGUACUGGUGUCAACGACCUUUGGACGGCUCUUUGGACUGC